UGCCAAUGCCAACAGAUACCGCUUUCUCUGUGUUUCGAUUCCUAUUUUCCCCAUCAAUCCAUCCUCCUCCUUUGACCGCCUCCUUCUCCACUCUGUCCGAUCUCGAACAGACUUACUCUUGGUCCAUCACCUCUCUUUUCUGAAUCUGACAACUUCGUAAGCCUGUCCUACCUUUUGUUCUGCUCCUCUCUUUCCCUCUCCUCUACUCUCCUGACGACAUAACAAUUUCAUCUUCUAUCCCAUUGUCUAUCCCAGCGCCGUUUCGGCAUUCUUGAUCUGUCUCCACUUCCUGAAGCCAAGGCCAAGGGCGCCCAAGACCGCUGCAGACGGACUUGCUGCGCGCUGGUGUCUGAAGCUGACGAUCUUUGUCGACCUCGUCCCUGCUGCGCCAUUGCCCCUAGGCUGCUUUCCUGCAGCUACAGCGUGCUUCUGUUUCCUGCUCUUUCUUCUGUUCUUGUUUCCACCUUUCAUCAUCUCCUUCUACCCACUAGCGUUCUUCCGCUCCUCCUCCUCCUCCUCCUCGUUCUCUUUCCUCCCUACCUCGUUCUUGCGCUACGCUACAAUCCCAGACCUCGCUCGCCACACCACUUCCGGAUAACACCCAACCCCGUCGUCAUCCGGCCUUUUCAGUUACUCGCUUUGGAUACAUACGCGUCUAACCGAUCGAGACGAUAGACGGACGUAGACACACACAUAGCACACACACACCUUCUUAGUAAGCCCAUACCACUACCACUACUGAAUUCCUGUCGCACACACGCUCGCACCUUUACCCCCCAUCCGACCCCUCCUUCGGCUGUCUUGUCAGUUGUUCCUGUCCUCGACGCUGCUGUUUGCAGCUGAAUCCAGGCUUGUUCGAGAAUCCCCUCCGCGGCGCCUAGGUCUCAUCCAUCACUCCUUUGCCUUGUCCGCUGCUGAAAGGCUCAUAGCAGCUGUUUGCGCCCUUGUCCAACCAAUCCAACCCCGGCGCAACCCCCGAGCCACCGUUGUCGUCGUUGUCAUCGCUAUUUCUUUUCUUUUCCAGACCAAUUUGGGAGAGGCUUGUGAACUAACGGAUUUGAAGCUGCGCACGUCUACAUCCCCAUCCCCAUCGCUCCCCCCUCCCCCGGGAUCCGUGCCUAGACCGCACACAAUUAGAGCACAUUCUCAAACUACCGACCGACCGACCAUCCAUCUGGAGACCGGCCUAGAAUCCGGCAGUCCAGAACAUACGCCCAAGCCCACCCGCCAUACGAACAAAUCCUACCCACACACACAAGGCGCCGCGCCAUGCUCUACUCCGCCUUCUUCUUCUCCUCCACGAUACUCUAGCAACCCGACCCGCUCCUCGUCCUCCCUCACCCGUCCCGUCCGACUUGUUCGCCUCGUCGGGAUUCUGACCUGGUUGCAAAGUAAUCUAUCACGUCGAAUCUUCCACCUUGUUAACCCUUCUCAUACCGGCGAGCUCUACCACUGACGGGGUUCACUUGCGAGCCGCAACUUCCCAUGCGCAAGCGAACGCCAGCAUGCCACCCCCCGAACAUGUCAUCACCAGCACCAGCAACCGUGGUCCCGGCAACGGCCCCAUAGUCACCCCUCUCCAGACGGCGAUCCCGGCCGAGGAUCCUGCCAAACCCGCCUCGCGCCCUUCUUCUGGAGACAGCGGCUUCAAUUUUGACACAUCAUCGCGAUCCGAUGUCGGUUCGCUACGUAGCGAUGGCGCACCGAGCAUAACCAGUAGCGGGCGCUUCUUCCGCGAGAACUUCAACCUCGCAGCUGCCGACGGCAAACGCUCACAUUCCGCAAGCCCUUUCCGCAUAUCCAUGCCUUACAUCACCCCGGGCCAGCUCGCCUUUUCAGCUAUGCAGUAUCUGCCCGUCCCAUUACUGGUCCUGAACAACCUAAAGACAGUCGUGCUCGCAAACGAAGCCAUGGGAAGGCUGCUUGGCAUGACGGACGACACGCGCGACGACAACUCAUUUGUUGCCGACAAAUUAAGAGGUCAAUCAUUGUCCCAAGUGGGUAUCGACAUGAUCCAGGAAGGACGCCCCGUGUGGGUCGGCUGGGAAGCCUUUUUGGAUUCACUCGUACUCGAAAUGGGUGCGAGACAAACCUCCAAGGACGCCGCCGAUAUGUUCGUCCAGGGUCAAGGCGGAGAAGCGACACCAACACCCAACUCCCUGGCGCCUCCGCCCUUACCAGAUCACCAGCCGGGCUCGCCGGCCGUCAAAGACGCCGUAGUGGAUGUCGUCAUUUCUCGUAAAGAACUCGGCAAGCCUGGGUACGAUUCUCGAAACCGGGCCGGGGCCUCGGAGCACCAGGUUUACGCCAAGAUGAUUGUGACCAUCUGGGAGAUUGAGGAUCAUCAGGUCUACUUCACCUUGACUUUCACUAGCUCUCAAUCACCGUCCUCGUCACUCGUGUCGAGUCGCAAAGCUGUAGCGAAACCUGGCAUUCUGGAGCAGGCCGACCGCAAAACAAUAUCAAACUCGAACCCGCCCUCCGUCAGCUCCAGCCACGACUCUAGUUCGCCCUCGUUCCGCGUGAGCCCUAGUGCAGUUUCCCUGUCAUCGAGUCCCUUCCCUCCCAUGGGACCUCCUUCGACAGUAGCACACACAAGUACGCCUUCCAUACUGCAGAAAAUGAUCCUGAUGAAGGACGCCUUGCUCGACAACACGACAAUGCCUAUUCUCGCCAUGUGGAAGGACGGUAGUGUGACGUUUCCCAACCGAGCCGCCCGUAUCCUCCUGCGGCAGGAAAGCGAUUUGGGAAAGUCUUCGGACGGAUUCGACCUGCUCCCUGGAUGGACCAUAUACGACGCGGAGUUCACCAGGGAGCUGGAUGUCACCGAAUAUCCAAUAUCCAUCCUACUGCGAACCGAGAUACCCUUCAGCAACAUGCGUGUAGGCAUGAUUGACCACGGGGGCAAGAGGAAGGUUUUCGAUGCCCUAGGAGAGGCCAUCCGAGAUGAUACAACAGGCGAGUUCUUGGCCGGAGUCGUUACCUUCCGAGAUGUCACCAAAAUGACGGAAGAGAUUACCGAGAUCAAGGAGCGGGACGAGGAGCGCUUCAAGCUGAUUUGUGACACGAUGCCGCAACUGGUCUGGACAACAAGGCCAGACGGUUUCCACGACUUUUUCAAUACCCGGUGGUACACGUACACAGGCCUGACUCCCGAAGAAUCGCUAGGCCUCGGGUGGAAACACCCCUUUCACCCCGACGAUAUGCCCGAAACCAUCAAAAGAUGGAAGCACUCACUAGCGACCGGUGACCCCUACUCAACCGAGUAUCGGUGCCGCAGUAGGACUGGCGAAUGGCGGUGGAUGCUGGGAAGAGCACUUCCGCUGAAGAACAAAGAGACUGGCGAAAUCGAAAAGUGGUUUGGAACCUGCACUGAUGUGAAUGAAGGCACCGAAGCGAAGCUUGCGGCUAGGAGCACCCGACAACAGCUGCUGAGUGUUCUUGCGCAUUCGCAAGUCACAAUCUUCACUGUCGACACCAAUCUGAAGCUCACAAUGCUGGAGGGUGCCUUGAUUUGGGACAGCAACGGAGAAGACAGUACGUCCCCUCACUCGAGCUGGUUCGUUGGUCAAGACAUGUACGAAGUCUUCAACCGUCUCAACCCUCAGUUAAAGGCUGGGGAGCGCCCAAAGUUCUUGCGACCCAUCGAAGAUAUCCUGGCAGGCGGAAAGACCGAAGAGGUAGCAGAGCACGGCAUGGAUGGCCGGUGGUAUCGCACAAGAUUCCUGCCCAUUUUCGGUAAAAAGUCCAAGGAAGGCAUCACAACCAAUGAGACUUGCAUCGAGGGAGUCAUUGGUGUAAUCAUGGACGUUAGUGAGCUGAAGGAGAAGGUUGAAGACCUGGAAGAGGAGUCCCGCGAGAAGAAGCAAGCGAUGGCCAACGAGGCAGCCGCAAAAGAGGCGAACAGACUGAAGAGUCAGUUCCUUGCUAACAUGUCUCACGAGAUCCGGACGCCAAUCACUGGUGUAAUUGGUAUGGCCGAGCUGCUGCGGGAUAUGGAGCUGGACGCCGAGCAAACUGAGUACGUCGAGAACAUUCAGCGGUCGGCCAAUGCCCUUUUGACCGUCAUAAACGACAUUCUCGACUUCUCAAAGGUUGAGUCGGGGCGCCUCGAUAUUGAAGAAGUUCAGUUCUCACUGUCGGUCAUCGUCACGGACGUGAAAAAGAUGCUGAGCUUUGCUGCCGAGCGGAAGAAUCUCGACUUCCGUUCAGAUAUCUCGGGUGAGGUCGAGAACGAUCUGGUCGUUAUUGGGGACCCCGGCCGCGUACGCCAGAUCAUUACGAACCUCUUGACCAACAGCAUCAAGUUUACCAACCAGGGCUAUGUUAAAUUUUCGGUUCAGAAGGAGAAGGAAACCUCUGAAAGCAUUGUCGUCAAGUUCGUCGUCGAGGACAGCGGCAUUGGCAUUGAAGAGGAGGUCCGGAAGAAACUUUUCCAACCAUUCAGUCAGGGAGACGCGUCUACAGCAAGGAAGUUUGGCGGUACUGGCUUGGGCUUGACGAUUUGCAAGAACCUUCUGGAGCUCAUGCACGGCGAGAUGACGUUGGAGUCGACACUCGGCAGCGGAACCGUCGCGACAUUCUGGGUCCCAUUCAACAAACCUCAACAGCAACGCGGUGGACCAUUGGUGGAAAUUGGUUCCAUCCCUGAUAGGCUCCAGUCCGAGAUGAGCGUUUCCUGCAAUAGCUCCGAUUUUGAGCAACUGCUCAACACGCCCCCUGCUUCGGGCGACUCUUCCCAGUUUCUCUCGGACAAGCACCAAGUUCCCUCUCGACGACUGUCCGUCCGGACGCCGCCAGCUUCGGACGAGGAGCUCUUGCCACGAUCUGAACGCGCCAAAAUCCGAGUGCUGGUUGUCGAGGACAAUGCCAUCAACCAGCAAAUCGCCACUAAGACGAUCAUGAAGCUAGGCUUCAGCGUGACAGCAACCUGGAAUGGUAAAGAAGCUCUAGAAUACAUGGCGGCGGCACGACAAGGCAAGCACGCCAAGCCAGACAUCAUUCUUAUGGAUGUCCAGAUGCCUGUUAUCGACGGCUAUAAGUGCACGCACCUACUGCGCCAUCACGUCCCGUACAAGGCGUACGUACAGGACAUACCCAUCGUUGCAAUGACAGCCUCGGCAAUCCAGGGCGACAAGGAGAAGUGCACCAGAGCAGGCAUGGAUGACUACCUUGCCAAACCGGUCAAAAGCAAGACGUUGGAAAGGAUGUUGGUUCGGUGGAGCUUGGUCAAGAGGCCACAAGCACAAACACUGCAGGGGUCGGAUAGCUCCAUGUCAGACUGCUCGGACACAGCCGAACAUUGCAGCAACGCCGACAUUCCUGGCAUCGCACACGACCAGCCCAGUUCUACGACGCCCCCGGACUCGACGCAAGCUGCUGCACCCUCGAGUCGGCAGCAAGACCAGAGUCAGGAGGAGCCGGACAGAGAGAGCCGGGGGGAUCCGGUAACGCCUCGGCCUCUUACUAGGAAUAACUCGUACGAGCCAUCGCCAUUCGAUUCCCCAGCCGUGGGGGAUGCCAUCAAGCCGAUACGACGGUCCGAGACGGACGAACUCGCUUUGCAGGCACAGCAAGGCAAGCUCAUGGACGCCGCUGGGGGCAAGAAGCUUCCGCGGCGAGGGGAAUCGUUCCAGACGGUGGUCGCGGGCGAUUCCCUGACGGAGGAAAACGUUGAGAAAUUGGAAAAGGAGGAAAGCAACCGAAGAUCAUAGACAUGAGGAGUUGGAGCAGCAUUCCUGCCUUUUGAUACCUCAUCAUGGACAGUCAGUAGUAGUAAAGCGAGGCGCACAGGGAACGGGCCUAUUUUAUCGUCUUUAACGGAGAAACAGCUCUGUACAUAUGGUUGGCGGAAACAGGGAAACGGGGAUCGUUGCGCGGCAGGUCAUGUUGCAUCUCGGCAUUUUGAUCGGCGUCUAAUAUGGGGGGUGUAAAAGCUUCCAAUAACCGGACCGGUCCUGGAUACCAAGGGAAGGGCUGGUCUUGUUCUGUUUCUUUGCUAGGCAAGUGUUUCUCUCGAUGGUAACGGUGUGGGUUCAUACACAUUCAGAACCGGCAUAGACGAGGAUUGAAAUGGGUCUCGCGGAAUUGGACGCUUCCAAACACGUGAUGACGGUGCACGCCUCGGGAGGGCUGAUUUGCAGUGACGAGAUUCUGCCACUUGCCGCUUACGAGUCCAGGAACAUUCAAUUUCACUUGACAAUGUUAAUACCCUUCCCGCAGUCGUGGUUUGCGCUGGCUAUGAGUGUGAGAGAGGUUGAACCUUAAGUUACACUACAUCACGAGUUUCAGACGCCAUGCGCGGUCGACAAUGCGAAAGCCAG